AUGUGCUGCAAAAGCGCCAGUACGGCAUACACCGACGGGGGGGAUUGUUCUGAUUCCAAUUCCAGGGAGCUGUCGGAGGAUGUUCUUGCGUGUUACCCUUGGGGUCCGGGGAGCCGCUCGACCACUACUACGAACGAGUCCGAGUACAAUAGUUUCACCUUCGAGCCGAUCGAGUUUUUAGGGGACCUCUUCUCGUCCAAGGGCCUUGUCGGGAAGGAGAGUUUUGACCAGUGCAGUUUUUGGGAGUAUUGCGACUCUUACUUGGGGGACCCGGCGGGAAACCACCUGGCCACCGAUGCGACCGAGUACGAGUGCAGUUUCACGCUCGAGCCGAUCGAGUCCCUAGUGAACCACCUCUUGUCUUUGGGAUCUGACGAGAAGGACGUUUUCACCCAGUGCAUGUGUUCCGAAUUACCUCGAGAGCAGGGGGAUCCGCUCUAUGGAGGUGGAGGGAAGGGAGGUAGCAGGACGGCGAAGCGCCUGCGCACCGAAGCCUCCAUGCAGUCGCAGCUCUCAGCGCUGGCCACCGCCGUCGCGGAGCUUCAGACCAAGCUGACGGGCCAAGCCACCACCCAGGGGGUCCGGCCCAUCGCCAAAGCCAAGGCCAAGCCGAAACCGAGCAAGAAGAGGGAGCCCACCGAGCUCCCCAUUCUCAGCCGCUUGCGCAGCCUGCUUGGGCUGGUUGAGAACGGCGGCAAGGUCAACGGCAAGCCGAUCACCCAAGCCCAGGUCGUGAACAAGCUGCGCGAGGUCAUCGCAGCUUUCUCGACAAAUGCCCCCGCCUGGGACUCUCCAGAGGCUGUCAUGGAGUCGGAGACGGAGCCGCUCGUCGUGCUCGCGCUCUCCGCCGCCGAGUACGAGUCCAGCGAGCGCGUCCGGAAGGCCAUGGGCAACCGGACCAACAUCACGACGGUCGUCCUUGACCCCCAGGGGCCCGAGGUCGUCCUGGUGGAGGGGCCGAAGGGCCCCGUCAAGGCGAAAGCAAAAAUCUUCUUUGCGGGAGACCAGGCGCCCCGACGCACGACCCUGCACGCGAAGAUGAAGGACGACAGCCCGAUUGCCCCUGAGAAGCUUACUGUGGCCACCUUCCGUAUCACGGUGGUGGAGGAGUUUGCCCCAGAGGCAACCUACCAGCAAGCCAAGAACGAACCCCAGACCAUCCCAGCGGUGGUCCUCGGCGAUGCGGCUGCGGAGAAGGUCCUCCGCACGCGUGGCGCGAUCAGCUACGAGUCGGAGGCCACUUGCGUGGUGACGGUCCCGACCAGCCACGCCGACGCUAUAAAGCAAGUUACCCCGCCGGUCGGCUGCUUCGUGAUGCCCCAGAGCUCCAAGGAGGUGCCGAAGUGGUUCAGCCGCAGGGACGACGAGGAGGGUGGGGACUACUACAACCGCGUCAGCCACCUGGUGCAAGGCAAGCGCGGAGCUCUCCUGUAUCGACCUCACCACAAAGCCCAGCUCGGAGUAGUCAGCUCGAUCGUGACAACGGCGGGAGCUGCAGAACUCACGAAGUGGUUUGUCAAGCACACGCCUCCGAAUUGGCUCACGCCGACGGAGAUGAUGGAAUGGGCCUCUGGGCGCGGCUUCCUCCGCGUCGCCCAGGCCAGCCGAGCUGGGCCGCGCGCCUGGACGUUCUUCGCGGACGCCCCAGACGGAGUGCCGGCCACUACUUUCAGCUUCUCCUCUGGCAUGGUGGUCACACGAGCCCAGGCUCGUACCGGCACCAAGCCGACCAAAGCCAAAGAUACCAAAGUUGAGCCUGCGCGCAGCCGCUGGGGCGCCCCGAAGCCUACGCCGCAGGCCGAGCCCCCGGAGCAGUUCCCCGAGGCAGAGGAGCCGCCCGCCGCGGUAGCCGCCGCACCAGCAGCCGGAGCUGCUGCCGCCGAUGGCCGCGGAGUCAACUUGGAAGGCAAGACCCCUGCAGCGCCCGCCUCCGGCGAGCCUGCUGCGCAGCGCCGCAAAGGCCAGGACGGACAAGCAGUGAGCAAUCCUCACGACCCACCCUUCAAGAAGUUCUUCAACAAUCGUGCUUGUGGAGGCGAGGGCGACUGUUUCUACAUCGCUGCGGCCCGCGGGUUCCAGGCGGUCGCCCCGACCGCCAAGGCUCCUACCGCGAAGGACUUCGAGCCGAAAGGGCGGCUACAGGGCACCCUCCGGCUCUUGACGCAGACGCUGGCCCUGAAGAAGAAGUUCGGCGCCACGUCGAAUGAUGCGGAGGCCAUUGGCCUCACUGGCACGCCGGCGACCUCGCUCGCCGUCCGGCUGCUCUCUGAAGCCGCCAAGACUGAUAUCUACGUCUGGUCCCAGCAGAAGGGGUCCACCAAGUGGGUCCUCUACGGCCGGGAAGCAAAGGCGAAGCCGAAGGCCAAGGAGAUGUGGCUGAAGCUCCAGGACCACCAUUACGAAUGGCUGGAACCGAAAACGGACGUCACCGACCUGCCUGAGUUCAAGAACACGUUGAAGCUGUGGAGGGACAACGCCUUCCCCUACCCCGCCGUGGGCCUCCAGGGGAAGGGUUUAGACGAGGACGCCUUGUCGCUGCUUGGCCUCUCCUUCAGCGCUGCUGACUCUGCCAGCGCUGGCCGCGCGAAGUCAGCCAAAGCAAGUACCGCUGAUCCUGUGUACUCCAAGGGCGCCGCGAGCGCACUGGGGCUGCAGGACGAGUUCAAGGAGAUGAUGGAAGGCCUGGACCUGGACUACUCGUCCGGGGACUGCUACAAGUGCACGUGCGGGUGGCCAGCACCUGGAACGUUUCAGGGGCGCACGGCCUCCCAGAGGUUCAGCGCAGCCACUAAACACUGGCGGGAGUGCCAAGGCAUGCCGCCCCCCAAGAUCACCAAGAUGGCGCACUCCGCCAUUAGCAAGUUCAUGGCCAACGCGCCGCACAUCCGCGAGAACAAGCGCAAGCGGCAAUUGGCUGACAUCAACCAAUGGAUCGCCAAGUUGCCUGUGACCGUUCGCGCCGGCGUCUGCAACCUCGACCCGGCGUCCGUCCAGGACAUGCCGCACGCCUACGGUACGAAAACGGGGUACCGGUGCCUUCGUUGCGGCAUCGUCCGCGCAGCGAGCCACCUGGCCUGGACACCGUGCUCCAAACGACCGUCCUCUCUCACGCGCCUCCAGUACCUGACGAGCACUGUGGGCCGCACGAGGGCCAAGCGCAUCUUGGACCUCGAGAUCAAGAGGCGCAAAAAGCGCGAAGCCUCCGCCGAGUACCACUCGGAAGCGGCGAAGCAGAAGCGCCAGAAGUACUGGCAGCAGUACACCGCCUGGGACGACGUGAUCCGCUCCCGCAAGCUGCGCAGCCAGAGCAUGCACAAGAAAUGCCGCACUAAGGUGGCGGACAAAAAGCAAUACAAUGCGCACCGCCGGGCCCUGAAGCAGAGGAAGCGGCUGCAGGUCGUCCUCUUCGCGGAGGCGCUGGCCAGGAUGUGCUUCAAGUUUCUCCUGUUGCUGAGCCCGGCCGUCCUCUUCGCGGAGGUACUGGCCGGGAAGAUGCGCGUUUUGUUGCGCCAGGUCGUCCUCUUCGCGGAGGCGUUGGCCGGGAUGUGUUUCAAGAUCUUCUUCCUGCUGAGCCUGGUUGCCUUCUUCACGGAGGCGUUGGCCGGGAUGAGCUUCAGGAUCUCCUUCCUGCUGAGCCCGGUUGCCUUCUUCACGGAGGUGUUGGCCGGGAUGUGCUUCAGGGUCUUCUUCCUGCUGAGCCGGGUCAUCCUCUUCGCGGAGGUACUGGCCGGGAUGUGUUUCAAAGUCAUCUUCUCGACGACCCGGGUCGUCCUCUUCGCGGAGGCGUUGGCCGGGAUGUGUUUCAAGAUCUUCUUCCUGCUGAGCCUGGUUGCCUUCUUCACGGAGGCGUUGGCCGGGAUGAGCUUCAGGAUCUCUUUCCUGCUGAGCCCGGUUGCCUUCUUCACGGAGGUGUUGGCCGGGAUGUGCUUCAGGGUCUUCUUCCUGCUGAGCCGGGUCAUCCUCUUCGCGGAGGCACUGGCCGGGAUGUGUUUCAAGCUCAUCUUCUUGACGACCCGGGUCGUCCUCUUCGCGGAGGUACUGGCCGGGAUGUGUUUCAAGAUCUUUUUCUUGAUGAACCGGGUCCUCCUCUUCGCGGAGGUACUGGCCGGGAUGUGUUUCAAGCUCAUCUUCUUGACGACCCGGGUCGUCCUCUUCGCGGAGGUGCUGGCCGGGAUGUGUUUCAAGAUCUUCUUCCUGCUGAACCUGGUUGCCUUCUUCACGGAGGCGUUGGCCGGGAUGAGCCUGGUUGUCCUCUACACGCAGGCGUUGGCCGGGAUGAGCUUCAGGAUCUCCUUCCUGCUGAACCUGGUUGCCUUCUUCACGGAGGUGUUGGCCGGGAUGUGCUUCAGGGUCUUCUUCCUGCUGAGCCAGGUCGUCCUCGUCGCGGGGGUCCUGGCCGGGAGGUGUUUCAAGCUCUCCUUCUUGCUGAGCCUGGUUGUCCUCUUCACGGAGGCGUUGGCCGGGAUGUGUUUCAAGAUCUACUUGUUGCUGGGCCUGGUCGUCCUCUUCACGGAGGUGCUGGCCGGGAUGUGUUUCAAGAUCUACUUGUUGCUGAGCCAGGUCGUCCGUUUCGCGGGGGUACUGGCCGGCAGGUGCUUCAAGUUCUCCCUCCUUCUGAGCCUGGUUGUCCUGUUCACGGAGGUGUUGGCCAAGAUGAGCUUCGGGAUCUUCUUCCUGCUGAGCCAGGUCGUCCUCUUCGCGGGGGUGGCGACGCUCAACGUUACCGUGCUGCGGAAGGAUCGUUUGGAGACCAUUCUGAGUCAUCAGGCCUUGAAGCACGUGGACGUCCUGCUCCUCCAGGAGGUCCGCCUGGCCUCGAGUACCCCGGGCUGGGUGCUCUCGACGGCUCUCAAAUACGGUUGGCGUGCGGCUUGCUCUACGCCGCCAGACCGGAACAGCAAGGGCGUCCUCAUGCAGGGUGGGACGGCCAUUUUUUGGAGACCCUCUUUGGGACAGGCUGCAAUCCGACGGGGCCCCCACCGCUACGUGGCGAUCCGCUUGGCGUGCGGCACCUUUGUUAGCGCCUAUGGGCCCGCCAGCUGUGCAUCGGCGCCCUGGAUGGAGGAUGUAAUUCAGUUUGCGGAGCAACAUUCAUCGGGCUCAUCUCUGUGGGUGGUUGCUGGCGACCUCAACUGGCGGCCAUGCUACAAGCAGUGCGUCUACGACGGCAUCGACUUGUGCGAGGCCCAAAGCACCACAGUUAUGAAUACAGCUCCCACGCGCGCCCUGGCCAAAGGCGCUGCUCUGAUGCACCUGUCGGCCGAGUUCGUGGCGGGCAUCCCCUACCACGCCCUGGUCACCUACCAAGUUGGCGUGCUUCACGCCCCCAGGCGCACCACGAGGCUCCACCGCACGGCGCGGUACGUCGGUGACCCUGACGCCGUUGUCCUCCCGGAGGACAUCCAAGCCCUCGAAGCUGAAGUGCGGCAGCGUCUACCUGUCCUUCCCCGCGCCGACCCUCUCCUGGAGCGCUGGCAGCAGUGGCACGCGCGAGCCGAGCUUGCAAUGCAGGUUGGAGUCAACCAAGGCUUCCUGGAGCAGACUGGGGUGGCCGAGCGGCCGAAGGGAUCCACUCCCUCUUCGAGACCUGUUGCCUCCCAGCCGGCACGGCGCCCUAGCGAGCCGAUCGCCCUGGCGAGGCUGAAGCGGCUCGGCCGGCGCAUCGCCCAUGGGCUACGUGAUGGUCCCCAGCGCUCCCUUGAGGGAGGCCUCCUGGAUCAUUUUGUGCGCGAGUGCCUCCGAGGCUACAUCGAUGUCGACGGCUCGGGCGUCCCUUCCUACGGCAGAGCACACGACUUAGUGUCGAAAGCAAUCACUCGCGAGCAGGGCCGGCUCCAGAAGCAGGUCUCGAGCGACUGGAAGCAGAUGUUCAAGAGCUUCACUCCUGAAACUUGGCGGGCGGCCUCUGGGGCCCUCAAGCCAGGCGGGGAGUGCCCAAGUUUCACAGCAAACGACAUGGCUAUGGAGUGGAAGCAGAUCUGGUGCCCACCCAGCACUUUCAACGGCAAGCAGUGCGCAGAGCAAUGGAAAUGGUAUGCGUCCCAGAUGCGCGAGCCGCUUCCUAUGUCUACGUGUCCAGCGGAUUGGAUUCCUACGUAUGCUGAUUUCGUGCAGGCCGUGAAGAAGGGGAAGGGGAGUGCCGGCUACGACGGGUGGCAUUCCUCAGAACUCAAGCUUAUGGCCUCUCAGCUCGAGUUCCUUGUGCGGGAGCUAUAUGACCUCUGGGGCGACACCUGCUUCUUCCUCGAGGAGGCCGGCCUGGCUUCGGAGGAGGGCAUCAAGUUCGGGCGCCAGGACGCCCUACAAGAACUUCAGCGGUUGCUGUUCUGCUGGCGCGUCGUCGGCGUGCCGAAAAAGGAUCCGACGCAGAGCCGCCCCAUCGGUGUGGGGUCGUGCCUGCUCCGGUCCUGGCUGACGGCCUGCGAACCAAGCUUACCUGCUCCACAAGACGCGCAAUACGCGUGCAAGUCUGGGACAUCCGUUGUCCACGCGUGCUGCCUUUGGCUCAGAUCCUGUGAAGAGGGCGAAUGUGGCACAGAGCGAGACUUAUCCAAAUGCUACGACAACGUUCCCCACGAGGUGGGGCUCGCUGCGCUGCACAAGUCGGGCACGCCCCAGCUGGUCACCGCCGUGGCCCACGCUGCGUGGACGGGGCCCCGUAUAUGCCAAGUCGCAGGGGAGCUCGCAGACGAGGAGAUUUGGCCGACACGCAGCCUCGCUCAGGGCGACAGCUGCGCGCCCAAGGUCUUAUGCGAAGUUCUCUCGCCGUGGUCUACGCACGGCACCAAGUUCCUCUUUAUGGAUGACCGGUCGCUGGUCUGCUCUUCAGAGGCGCAGCUCGAUUCCGACAUCCAGAGCACGAACGAGUUCGACACGGGCACUGGUGCCAUUGAGAACGAGUCCAAGCGGCAGCGCUGGGCGCGCGGCCAAGGCAAAGCCGUCGAGCACGUGGGCAUUUUGGCGGUGCCUGAUGAUCCAGAAGUGGACAUCACACCGGCUGCGGGCUGGUCCAAGCUCCACAAACUCCUCGAAGCCAUACGGAGCCUACCGGGAUCAGCCGCGACCAGAUCCCGCGCUGUGGGAGGUUAUGCGAAGCCAUUGUGGCUGUGGUGCUGCCCUGUUUUCUCACUGGCGCCAGACCAGGCCACGGGCGAGGUGAUGAGAGCCGUCUUGCGGACGAAAUGUACGUGGUGGUGCAGGGGGCGUUUCUGGGCCCUGAACUUUAACCUGCAUCCAGUAUUUACCACGCUUCUCACGGCGAUCGACAGGAUCACGACGUGGGACCUGGAGUGGAGCUCUUUCCUGAAACACAAUUUCGAGCAGUACUUUGAUGCCGUGGGCUUGGAGUUCCGCACUUUCAACAAGGACCGCGGCGUCCGGUUCGGUAUUCGCGAACACGAGCACGACCACCGAGUUGUCCGGCUGUUUGGCCGGCGUAAGACCUACUGGAGCGACGAAGGGGACAAGGUGGCUCACCUUCUUCGGCAGAUCUGCCGAGUGCGUGCCCUCUCCUCCGCCAGACACACGCGGAACGACGCCGAAGGCAUCGAGGAGGUCGACGUGUCGGCCCUGUCCGAGAAGCCCUGGCAGACCUUCAGGGAUUCCCUACCAUCGGAGCGCUACUCAAAAGUACACAUCUUUAUGUGCGGAGCAACCUCAUCACCAACCCGAGGGCGCCGGUGCACAGAGCAACGGUGUCCUUAUUGCGGCGAGGAGGUGUGGCCCAGCUUGCGCCACCUCGUCUCCGAGUGCCAGUGCGAGACUUUCGGCGAAUUCCGGAAGCAGCUCAAUGCGAUAUACACCAUUACGCCGUCCUGGUGGGGACACCAACCCAGAGUCACUACUGCGUCAGGAUGGAUCACUUUCCAGGCGCACCCAUCAUGUAAGCGGCGCAGCGAGCUCAUGGUCGCCGUAGUGCGAAUGGGCCUCCUCGUCCUUGAUACGCUGCGGAGGGAUCGUUAAUAGCAUGAUUUUACGAAGAACAUUUACACUACCCUUACUUCGUGUUGCCGUUCUUCUUGCUUGUUGUUUUCCUCCUUUUCCUAAAGCUCC